GAUGGCGUCUGCUGAUCUGAGACAGGAGCUGGUCUGUUCCAUCUGCCUGAGCAUUUAUACAGAUCCUGUAACCCUGAGAUGUGGCCACAACUUCUGCCGAGUCUGUAUUGAUCGUGUGCCGGAUACACAGGAGGGGUCUGGAGCUUAUACCUGUCCUGAAUGCAGAGCAGAGUGUCAGGAGCGUCCUGCACUGCAGAGGAACAUAACACUGUGUAACAUAGUGGGGAGUCUCCGGCCUACUCAACCAUAUCAGGAGGAGACUGGGAUCUUCUGCUCUCACUGUAUUCACUCUCCUGCACCUGCUGCUAAAUCCUGUCUGCAUUGUGAGGCUCAUCUGUGUGAUAAUCACCUGAGAGUACACAGCAAGUCACCAGAACACGUCUUAUGUGAUCCCACCACUGCCCUGGGGAACAGGAAAUGCUCCGUCCAUAAGGAGCUCUUCAGAUAUUACUGCACUGAGGACGCUGCCUGUAUCUGUAUGUCCUGCUGUCAGAUUGGGGGACACAGAGGACAUCAGAUGGAGUCACUGGAUGAGGCCUCUAAGAAGAAGAAAGAGAAACUACGAAACGUUCUGCAGAAACUGACCAGAAUGAGAAAGGAGACCGAGGAAAGGGACCAGAGUCUGCAGGUACAAGGAAGGAAGUUUCAGCAAAAAUCAGCUGAUAUAAGAGAGAGAGUCAUUCGCCUGUCUGGAGACAUCAGGAGACAGCUGGAAGACCUGGAGAAGAGAGCUCUGAGUGAGAUCUCCAGGCAGGAACAGUGUUUUUCACUCUCACUCUGUCACCUGAUCCAGCAUCUGGAAAUAAAGAAGGACGAGCUGUCCAGGAAGAUGCGUCACAUUGAGGAGCUGUGUAACAUGUCUGAUCCAGUGACUGUCUUACAGGAACCAGACACAGGGGACUCGUGUGAUACCGAGGACACAGAGAGACGUCAUACAUUGGCCUACGAUGUAGGAGUUCUGGAUACGAGUCUCUUCUCUAGAACACUAUGCGCAUUAUCUGAUACAAUAAUAGCUAUAAAUAAGGGAAUCUAUGUUCCAGAAGUGACAGACAUAGUACUGGACGUAAACACGGCUGGUAUUUGUAUGCGUAUAUCGGAGGACAGGAAAACUGUAUCCAGGUCAAAUGUGACUCACGUUCAUCGACAAACAGCUGACAGAUUUGAGUGUGAUCAGGUAAUAAGCAGCAGGAGAUUCUCCUCAGGGCGCCAUUACUGGGAGGUGGAUGUCAGUAAGUCAGAGUGGUGGAGGGUGGGGAUGUGUUACCCCAGUAUAGCCAGGAGAGGAGAUCAGUCAGUCAUUGGUGAUAAUAACAAGUCCUGGUGUCUGUCUAGGAAUAAUUGUGAGUAUUCAGUGAUAGAUAAAAGAAACAGCAUCUAUUUUGCUGACAUUAUCCCCUGUGACAGAGUGAGGAUAUAUCUGGAUUAUGAGGCCGGGCAGCUGUCCUUUUACGCUCUGUGCAAUCCGAUCACGCACUUACACACUUUCAAUGCCUCCUUCACUGAGCCCCUCCAUGCUGCAUUAUAUGUAGGGGAAGGUUGUGUGAAGAUAUCUAUGGAGUUAGGACCUGAGAUGCUGCCUCUGUAAAGCCCCUGAAACCGUGUUCCCCAACCUCGGUCCUCAUGGCACACUAUGGCCCCUUUCACACUAGCCGGCACGGACCGCUUUUUGCCGUUCCGGGAUUGUAAUGAAUACAUAAGCUCAUCGGGUCCUUUCACACGGCCCGGCCUUGGCCGCCAUGUACCAGCCGGCUCUAUCCACUGAAAAGGCCGGCUGCCGGGGUGUGUACCGGGCCGUGCUAACAUGUCAGUGAAGCACAGGGAGCUAUGCAGCCUUUCACACACACACUGGUGUUUGGAUUGAACGGUGUUUGCUUCUGUAGCUAUGCUCCAGGUACUUGAGACCGUGGAGACUCCGACUUCAAAGCAGUGAUGAGCGGAUUCGGUUUUACUCGGUUCUCAAAACCGAAUCUUAUUGGCUCACUGAUGUCACGUGUUUUGGAUAGCCAAUAAGAUUCGGUUUUGAGAACCGAGUAAAACCGAAUCCGCUCAUCACUAGGAGAGGGGGGGGAAAAAAGGCGGUGCGUGUGAAAGGCACUGCCGUCCGGUCAAACCCAGUGUGUGUGAAAUAGCCCUAACAGUCCAGGUUUUAGGGAUAUCCAUGCAUCAGCACAGAUGGCUAAAUUAAAAUAUGAGGUACUAAUUAAUUCACCUGUGCUCAGGUGAUACAAGUAAGUGCUCACGUCAACAUCAAGAGCCAAAACAAUCGCUGCGCUGAUUGUACUAAUCAGAGUGAAUAUAAGAAGCCACUGGAGUAGAUAACUGCUACUUAACCAUUAGUACACCAAGGGGGGUCUUCUGAGGUCCCCAGAAUGUUAUUUUUUGUGAUCCUGCCGUAUCUAUAACAACUAUUUUACUCCUGAUUUUUCUAUGUGUCCCGCAUCGGAUUAAGAUAAAUACUGUGUAAUUAGGCUUAGAAAAUGUUCUUUUAAAAAACCCUGCAAACAAUAAAAAACACUAUACUAUGUUACAAAUGUAGAACGUUUUAUGGGGGUAAUUCUGAGUUAAUCGCAGAAGGAACUUUGUUAACAGUUGGGCAAAACAAUGUGCACUGCAGGGGAGGCAGAUGUAACACGUGCAGAGAGAGUUAGAUUUGGGUGGGUUAUUUUGCUGCUGUGCAGGGUAAAUACUGGCUGCUUUAUUUUUACACUGCAACUUAGAUUGCAGAUUGAACACACCCCACCCAAAUCUAACUCUCUGCACAUGUUACAUCUGCCUCCCCUGCAGUGCACAUUGUUUUUCCUGCUGCGAUCAACUCAGAAUUACCCCCUAUAUGUGAGAAACACAGGAAAACAACCACCCCUGUGACAUGUGCUAAGCACUGUAGCGAUGGCAACACAUGAAUAGUGAUGUAUUGUUACCGUUGUAAAAUGAUAUAACCUUUUUACAAGAAUAUACAGUAUCCAAUCAGAUGUAAAAAUGUAUACAUUGUAAUGAAGAAGACUAUAUGGCUUUUAUUGGCUAAUGUCAAAGUAAAAAAUAUUACAUUAAGAGAACAUACAAACUACACACAUUAUCAUCUACCCAGCAGAACCUCAAUCGAAUCCAAACAUCAGUGUACAAAGACGUAGGUACAUGUAUGUGUGAAAUGUUCGUCGCAAAUCAGACAUUGUAGGCCAAAGCACUGUCCCAGCAUACUCUAUAGGUUGAAUGUUGUCCCACACCCAACCAGUGGUCCCGUGACCGCCGAGUGCAUAUAGAGGAUGUCUCGUCCUCCUCCCUGUCUUCCCCAAAUAUAGUCAAGUGUCUGAUUUGCGAAAUGCAUACAUACUUGUGUCUAGGUCACCGACUAUGGUAUGAAAUAUUUUUUCUUAUGUUAAUAAUUGAUGGCAGUUAUUUACUGCCAAAGGGUGGACUGUCGAAGUCAAAACUAUUACAUAAAGAGAACAUACAAACUACACACAUUAUGAAUCGCUAUACUUGCAAAUACGCGCAGCGAGCACAGCAAUAUAUGGUAACACACGCAUUUACACGGACAUGCCACAGAGAUGGAUUCAACACUUAUUUCAUACAGUACAUAAUUAUAAUAAUAUCAAGCGCCAGACAUCAUGAUGAUUUAAAAUGAUAUAUAAUGAAGUAAUGUCAUGUAUGUGUAUUAUUUGAACGAAACAAGAUAGAACUGUCAUAUUUACUAUUAAAGCAACCAGAUUAAUGUGUAGUUUAA